AUGUCUUAAGAAGUUUACGAAACUACUGUAAAAUUGAUAAAAGAUUAGCUGAAUCUAUUACCAAGAUAUUGCAAUCAAUAAAAUCUAUGUGGACUAUCAAUUCAUCAUCCCAUGAUGAUGUACAGCUUAUACUAUAUUGGUGCAUCUAAAGAAAGAAUUAUAGAAGCAAGUGAGAGUUAUUUAAAUUAUAUGACUAAAAAAGUAACAAGAGAAGUAGCUCAUUUUCCUUAAAAUGUGAUCGAUUAACAAAAUUAUAAAAAUUAUCUUGGCAAAGAAGAAUAAUUUUACAAUUUUUUAGAUUUCUUUGAGUAAGAAUAAAACAGAUUCGAAAACAGUUAACAGUUUCUUAAAUAUUAUUUAAACCAAAUGCCUUCUUUUCUCUAUAGUGAAGCCUUUCAUUGUAUUAUUAAGUUAGGUUUCUUUUUAGAAAUGAAUCUAACUGAUGCAUAUCCUUAAAUCCUUGCUUAUAUAGCUAUUUGCAAUUUUGAAUUAAUGAGUGUUGAUGAACAAAAACCUGCCCUGUCAGUUUCAUAAAUAAUAGAAAAAAUUCUAGAUAAAAGAGAGCAUUUUGAAUAAGUUAAUCUAUCAGGAAUAAUUGUUGAUAGAAUGAAAAUUAUAGAUUCAGACUAAGUAUUUAGGGAUAUCUUAUCUCAUCCUAUUUUAUAUGAGGGAGAAAAAACUCAAAAGGAAUUGGUAGAUUUUUUAAUUAAGAUAUAUUGGCAAACAAGUAACUUUACUAUAAUGCAUGGAUUCAACAGCUUUUUAUCUUUUUAGAAAGUCCUUAAUUUGAUGAAUGAUGAAAAAUAAGCCUUUUAAUCUUAUUUUAUAGGCUUAAUGAGUGCAUUUAUAACUACUUUUAAAUUAUUUGAUUACUCAAAUAUUAACAAAUAAAUUAAUAAUAUACAAAUUUAAGAAAAUCUCCCUUCAUAUGAAGAAAUAUUUAAAAAGGUUGCUUUGUCUAAUGAUGACCAUGAUGCUAAAACUGUUUACGCCUUGCAUUAAUAACAAUUAAAAGAUCCUAAUAAUAAACUAUUUUAACAAAAAGCAGCUUAAAUUGCUAAAUUAAUUUGA